CCUAAUGCGAAGGAUCGAAUGAAUCAGACACCUUUACAAUGGGCUGCGAAUGGAGGCCAUUUAAAAACAGUGAAAAUGUUACUUGUCAAAGGAGCGAACCCAAAUUAUAAGAACGAUAAACAUCAAACACCAUUGCUAUAUGCUGUGAAGGAAGGCCACACAGAUAUAGUAAGACUGUUACUGGAGAAAGAAGCAGACCCGAACUGCAAGGAUAUCAAACAUCGGACACCCUUGCUAUAUGCUGUAAAGGAAGGCUACACAAAUAUAGUAAGACUGUUA